CCCGCUCGCGGCCAGCAAGCUUUCGCUGCACCACACCCGCUGCACUGCACGAAACUACACCACACGGGGGCCACAAGAUCGACUAGCUCAAACUUUCCCGCCAACGCAACCAUAGUCCCGCAGUUGAACAUCAAAGCGCCGGUAGUGCUCCAUUUGCUACCAGCCUUGCCAGCGCGCUUUAGCUCUCUUCAGCGGCUGAGCCCGUAGCGGCGCCGUUCCGCAACAGCUGCUGCGCCGCGCAGCCCAGCCGCGGGCGCCCGCACAAGUCGACAUACACCCUCACGCCCGCAGCGCAGCUUAGACUUAUCUUUUCACCUACAAAUCCAUCUCCGAACGUUGCCAUGAACAGCCUUAUGGGCGGCCUGGAGGAAAUGAUGGCUGCGGGCGACAACCUGGACUUUGGCGCGAGCGGCGAGGAGGGCCUGGGCGGUGAUGACGAGGAUUUGCUCAUGCUACAAAAGGCGGUUCAGAACGCGCUGGAUAAGAAGAAGCAGGCGGUGGUGAAGAAACAGGCGGCGGUACUGGAGGAGGCGCGCGCCGGCGCCCAGAAGCGCGUGGCCGCCCUGGAAGCCAUGAUCGUCAAGGAGCUCAAGGACGCUGCGGCCGGCGUGCGCUCCUCCGCCGCCUCCAGCCUGCGGCGGCUGGACGCCAAGAUGGCGGCCAUGAACGAACUGAGCGCCAAGUACCAGCAGACCAUGUCGGACCUGUGGAACGAGUACGACACCGAGUUCAGUGAGCUGGGGAGCGCGCUGGAGAAGCACAAAACGGCGGUGGAGAACCGGCGGCAAGGCAUCAAGCGGAAGAUUGCGCAGGUGGCGCAGGAGAACGAGGCGGCUCUGGCGGAGGCGCGAAAGAGGGUCGAGGCGGAGAAGGGCCGCGCCGUCAAGAUGCCACAGCUGGCCAAGCUGCUGCAGUCGCUCAUGUAGUCGUCACCAGCCUGGCACGUGGCAGCGCCGGCGCAUGUGUGUGGUCGUGUGGCGGUGUGUGUGAUGCCGUGUGUGGUUUCGAGGUUCCGAGGAUGAGAUGGACUUGUCUGCAUGUGCGGCAUCGGGGGACAGGGCCGCGGUGGGUUAGUGGGGGAAAAUGGUGAGAUGUGUUCCCAGGCGCAGGAAAUUGAGGAGCAAGAGGCGCUUAUUGACUGGCUGUCAUGCGGAGUGCGUGGUGGACCGGUGGUCCGGGUGGUUUGGCUGCUGGUGUGCGGCACCCCCUGGACUGGAUGGAUGCAGUUCAUACAGCAGUAUGGAGUGAUGGGCACUGGAUGGGAGGCACGGAUGGAAGCUGCGUGCCCAGACAGGACAUGGGCGGCAACAGCGACAGCGCCCUAGGGAGAAGGGCGGUGUGCAGUAGCGCAGAGCCAGGACCAAGUUCACGA